AUGGCGGCGGUGGAGGCGGCUGAUGCGGCGGUGCGGGCGUUCGCAGAGGAGGAAGCUAUAUGCGCCUGCAUUUUGUCUGCAGGCUGGUGCCACCAGAACGGCGUGUUGCUGCUGGUGUACGACCUGAUGCCCAACGGCAGCCUGGACCGGCACCUCUUCGGCCGCCCCGGCGACGCUCCGGUCCUCACAUGGGAGCAGCGCUACAAGGUGGCGGCCGGCGUCGCGUCGGCGCUCAACUACCUUCACCACGACUACGACCACGUGGUGAUCCACCGGGACAUGAAGCCGUCCAACAUCAUGCUGGACGCCGCCUUCAACGCCCGCCUCGGCGACUUCGGCCUCGCCCGCGCGCUCGACGCCGACAAGACCUCCUACACCGACCGGGCCGGCCUGCCGGGCACGCUGGGCUACAUCGCGCCUGAGUGCUUCCACACCGGCCGGGCCACCCGGGAGUUGGACGUCUUCGGCUUCGGCGCCGUCGUGCUGGAGAUCGUCUGCGGCCGCCGGAACUCCUGCUGCCACCCCGCCGGGUGCAGCCAGCUGCUGGAGGAGGCGUGGGAGCUCCAUGGCGCGGGGAGCGUCCUCGAGGCCGUCGACCCCAGGCUCGCCGGCGCGUUCGACGAGGCCGAGGCGGAGAGACUUCUGCUGCUGGGCCUCGCGUGCAGCCACCCCAACCCUGGGGAGCGGCCCACGGCGCAGGCCAUCCUGCAGAUCCUGACGCACUCCGCUCCGCCGCCGGACGUGCCGCCGUCGAGGCCCGCGUUCAUGUGGCCGGCUGUGCUCGUGAAGGGCGACGAGGAGAUGUGUACCUCCGGCAGCUCGGCCACCUGCAGCACGGUGAUGACCUCGUCGCUGUUGAGAUAAUAUAAUGGUGGAUUGAUGGAUGGUCACAAUAUCAGAACCCGCCCGGCGAG